GUGUGUGUGUGUAUCUCAGUUAGUGCAGCUGUAGUAUUUGCAGCCCCACUCUCUUUUCCACGAGAAUGCAGUUAUUGUCAUUUACAUUAUUUCUCCAAAGGUUGCUUUACAGCAACAACUCCGUGUAUGCAAUCCUGCCGUGAUUGUCUCGGCUGUAGUAUUUUGCAUUAGUGUCGCGCAGCGAGCAGAGGAAAGAGUGUGCGCUCCGUUCACGCGAGUAAUGCCGUCUACGAUGGAGGGCUCGUCGGGGGAAGGUGACCUGUUUACCGUCAAACACGAGCUCAGAAACGCCAAUCUGACGGGUCACGUGGAGCGUGUGGGCAUUGAAAACUUUGAGCUGCUGAAAGUGCUGGGAACAGGAGCCUACGGCAAGGUGUUCUUGGUUCGCAAGGUGAGCGGCCAUGAUUCGGGUAAACUCUACGCCAUGAAGGUGCUGAAAAAGGCCACUAUUGUGCAGAAGGCGAAGACUGCAGAACACACACGCACAGAGAGACAGGUCCUCGAGCAUAUCAGAGAGUCUCCUUUCCUGGUUACACUCCAUUAUGCCUUCCAGACAGACACCAAACUGCAUCUCAUUCUAGACUAUGUGAAUGGAGGUGAGCUCUUCACACACUUGGUCCAAAGGGUUCGCUUUAAAGAGCAAGAGGUUACCUUGUACAGCGGGGAGAUUGUACUAGCACUGGAGCACUUGCAUAAGCUAGGAAUCGUCUACAGAGAUCUAAAACUUGAGAAUAUACUUCUUGAUGCAAACGGUCACGUUGUGUUGACGGAUUUUGGCCUUAGUAAGGAAUUUCAUGAGGUAGAGAGGGCUUAUUCCAUCUGCGGUACUGUUGAGUACAUGGCGCCUGAGAUUGUAGCGGGAGGAGAGUCAGGACAUGACAAGGCAGUGGACUGGUGGAGUAUGGGAGUUCUGAUGUAUGAGCUGUUGACCGGAGGCUCUCCUUUCACUGUCGACGGCAAUGAGAACUCUCAUUCUGACAUUGCCGAGAGAAUUAUGAAAAAGGAUCCCCCGUUCCCCAAAGACAUGGGGCCUCUGGCCAAAGACAUUAUCCAGCGACUGCUAAUUAAAGACCCAAAAAAGAGGCUGGGCUCUGGCCCCUCAGGGGCCCAGAAUGUGAAAAGCCAUCCAUUUUACCAGAAAAUGAAUUGGGAGGAUCUAGCUGCUAAGAAGGUUCCGGCUCCUUUUAAACCUGUAAUUCGUGAUGAGCUGGAUGUGAGCAACUUUGCGGAGGAGUUUACGGAGAUGGACCCCACCUACUCUCCUGCGGCUCUUCCUAACAACUGUGACCGCAUCUUCCAGGGCUAUUCCUUCAUGGCUCCCUCCAUCCUGUUUAAGAGGAAUGCGGUGAUGGACGACCCGGCUCAGCUGUGCGGCGGGUCAGAGAGGCCCGGCUCCGCUGCUGUUGCCCGUAGCGCUAUGAUGAAGGACUCUCCGUUCAACAUGAACUAUGAGAUGGACCUGAGGGAGAACGCUUUGGGAGAGGGAAGCUUCUCCAUCUGCAGACAAUGCACUCACAAGAAGACCGGACAGAAAUAUGCUGUAAAGAUUGUCAGUAAAAGAAUGGAAGCACAGACGCAGAAAGAGAUUGCCGCUCUCAAACUGUGUGACGGACACCCCAACAUAGUCAAACUACAUGAAAUCUACCAUGACCAGCUACACACAUAUCUCGUUCUGGAGCUCUUGCGAGGUGGAGAGCUGCUGGAGAGGAUCAGAAGGAAGCAGCACUUCAGCGAGACGGAGGCCAGCCGUAUCAUGCGCAGACUUGUGUCUGCCGUCAGCCACAUGCAUGAUGUUGGCGUGGUGCACAGGGACCUCAAACCAGAGAAUUUGCUCUUCACUGACGACACUGAGAAUUCAGAGAUAAAAGUUAUUGACUUUGGCUUUGCACGGCUCAAACCCCCCGACAAUCAGCUCCUGAAGACUCCCUGCUUCACUCUUCAGUACGCCGCACCAGAAAUCCUUAAAUACGAUGGUUACGAUGAGUCCUGUGACCUCUGGAGUUUAGGAGUCAUUUUGUACACCAUGCUAUCUGGCCAGGUCCCAUUUCAGUGUCAGGGGAAGAGUCUAGCGCACACCAGUGCAGAGGAGAUCAUGAGGAAAAUCAAACAAGGAGACUUUUCUUUUGAAGGUGAAGCCUGGAGGAAUGUGUCCAACCAGGCCAAGGAUCUGAUACAAGAGCUGCUGACGGUGGACCCUGACAAGCGGAUAAAGAUGUGCGGCCUACGUUAUAAUGCCUGGCUGCAGGACGACAGUCAGCUCUCCUCCAACCCUCUUAUGACCCCUGACAUCCUGGGAUCUUCUACCAUAUCAGUGCACUCUUGUUUCAAAGCUACCUUCAAUGCCUUUAAUAAGUGUAAGCGGGAGGGCUUCCGACUUCAGACGGUUGACAAGGCUCCUUUGGCCAAACGCAGGAAGAUGAAGAAGACCAGCACCAGCACAGAGACCCGCAGCAGCUCCAGUGAGAGCACGCACUCCUCUUCCUCUUCCUCCCAGUCUCAGGAUAAGACGCCACCGGAUGAAGAGACGGCCAUUAUUCCCCAGUCCUCCAUGAGCACGCCUCUCACUCUGGUCCCUGACGAUGAGCCCUCUCAGGGUGAACUCCAGGUUACAGAGUGAUAAGACACAACUUUCCAACUGUCUCAUUCUUUCUCCUCACACUCUGGCAAGGCUGUACAACUCCAGAAUUUGCAUGUGGGAACCAACUCAAAUCCAUCAUUAGCAAUAGAUGCACACCAUGAGCACUGAAGACCGAGCUGGAGUGAACUUCUGGCUCAAGUCCUGCAUGGCUAAGUAUCACUGUAUCCAGUCUAGUGUCUCAAACACGAGAGAGAAGUUCACUUUGAGGAGCAUCAAGACCUUCUCCACUGAUAGAAAAAAGAAGAAAAGCCUACUUGUGCAUUGUCCUGACCUGGCGCUCUGCUUCAGGCAAAAAAAAAAAAAAAAAGAUAAGGAAUAUGUAUUUAAAAAAAAAUAAAUAGAAUUUAUUUAAGAGGAGAUUUAUUGUUUAUACAGACUUCUCUCAAAUUUAAUAGAUAUUUGGUAUAUACCAGUUUGUCAGAUUUAACAGCUCCAUUUGUGCUGGGAGCUUUAUGGUGUUGAUUCACAUAUUUAACUUCAAUCUUUGACUUCUUCCAAAAGAUUUUACUUAAGUAGCAACAAUUAGGUGUAAUAGUUUCCGUGUUCUGUGUAAAACUCUUGUUUAUGUAGUUACCCUUGGCAAGGUAAAAAAGACCGUUUGUUUCACAUUUACGUGUUAUUUUGACUUUCCUCAGGUUAUUUAUUUGUUCUUAUAAACUUGAGCUCAUUUUUAAAGAGUUGAAGACAAAGCCACUGGUUGAAGGUGCGGUCACAUUUACCCUUGCUCUGCGAAAUUUAGUCGCUGGAAUCCAAUUUUGUAUUUGGUUUUGGUUAGCUUUCACACAGAUUUGCAUUAUUGACCAACAAGAAGAAACUGUUUGGUUUGAAAGUGACUUCUGUGUGAGCAUUGCUUUGUGCAUUGAUACACUAUUGACAGUGGACGAUGGAACAUUUUUAGCUUUUUUGCUGAAAUUUCGCUGAUGUGACCGUGCCUUAAAAGAGAAACGCUAGAGGUGUUGCCUUGGAUGUUGGAUUUUGUUACUCAAGGUUUUAUGCUUGAGUAUAAGUUUAGGCUGAACAUGAAUCUGCCGAUAGAUGUUUAAAGUCAAUGUGAAUUUAAGAUCCAUUUUAAAUUAUUAAUGCACCUGGUUCUAUUGUGAACGAUUCAUCGGUAAUGUUGUUACAAAGAAAAAAAGUUUUUUCGUAGUCUUUAAUCAAAAUGUAGAAAAACUCUUGCUUCCUUUGCAAUGACUUUUCUAGUGACAUCACUUAGGUCCUAUUGGAUAACACUAACCAGUAAAUGGUUAUUUAGCCGUAGAUUUAGCAAACUCACUUUUGAUCUGGCUGUAUUCUGGUUUGUAUCACUGCCUACUUUUCAUGAUCCAAUCAAUUCCUGAUGGAUAAACUCAUGUCCAGUGUUGCCAAGUACGCGGUUCUCCCGCAGAAUUGGGCUACUUUAACACUGUUUCCGCGGGUUGUUUUUCAUGUCCGCGGGUUGAAGUGACCCCAAAUAUCAUGAUAUUUAGUCCCUGGAAUGCAAAUUUUACCAGGGAAACCCUGCCAAAAACAAGGAUUUUACCCCCCGGAAUGCGAUUUUUACUGGAAUCCCCCUUGAAACGCGAUUGAGCUAGCUUUGGGCUAGUUUUGAGUAGCAAUUGGGCGGGUUUUGUUGUGAAAACCUGUCAACCCUGCUCAUGUCCCAACCUUGUUAUCCUGUUUUUUGAAAAUGCAUCAUAUAAGAGGAAGUACAAUAGGUUGCAAUUCAUGUUGACUAUAAACUAUGCGUAUGCAAAGUCUAAUGGCACGUUUAUCUUAUAUAAGAUAACCAUGACUGCAGGCCACAUUUUACCUUGAAAUGAAGUUGAAAUGAAGUGAUAUGCCAGAAGACAUCUGUGGCUUCCUGUUUGAUGGUGGCACGUUGUGUUUUUUUGGCCCUGUGUUUGUUGACUGAUGCUUUAAGGCGGGCUGCGGUAGAGUCUGUGGUGUUUAAAACAAUGUGCUUGCAUUUUUCAUCUUUGCAACGUCUGUUUCAAAAGCCUUGGAGGGUUUGUGACACUGAGCAGCAAUCUUGUAGUACUCAAGUCUGGACAGGAUCUGAUAUUUUCUCAGCCUGGACUCGGACUCGAAUGAGCUGGUCUCGGCUAGUCGUAGAAAAUAUAGACUUUUGAGAUGGACUUGAGUGCGAGUCCAGUCUUGUUCCAAAAGAGGAUUUUCGCAGCAAUGCCAUAGAGGAACCAUUUUGGGUUGCCUAAAUAACCUUUCAUAGCUCUUAUCCACUAGAAUAGUUUGUGGUCUCGAGGCCAGACCUUGUUCUCGGCCAGGCGAACUGGAGUCUGUCGCGAACUGGCCAUGUGUUUCCACAGACUUGAGGAAUGAACGGUGAUGUAACGCUGCUACGUGUUGUUUACCUGACUAUAAACAGUCUAAAAUUGGGCGCAUCCUGGUGUUUGUGCAGGCAGUGCGGCACUUCUGUUUUGCUGUUCACAGUACCGGGAGUAAUUUUAGUGUAUCGGCAGCUCGCAUAAACUAUCAUCUGUCCUUUUUGGAGAUAUUUUUGAAACUGAAACCAUUGAUUCACUCGCUCUUUUACGCACAGAUUAUCUCUCGUGUGUAGUUUUAUAUAUUUAGGUAUAAAGAGCAAGGCCUUCGAAGGCCGUGAAGGUCAGACCAAGCGCCGGUCUAGCCUAUGGAUUGUUUUUGUUGUCUAACAACUGUGACAGCUGCCGUUGACGAGCGGCAGUAACGUUUGUACUGGACUUUUUUGAAAGUUAUAUUCAACUGUCUAAAAACAAAACAGGGUUCACAACCUGUCUAAAUAUGUUCACCUUGGUCCAUUUCUGUACAUAAUAAAGAGUAUAAACUCUAUGAAAUUGCAUCAUAGUAAGAUAUAACAUUUGAACCGCUUUAUAUAUAUAGUUUUUACAUUUGUAUUUGAGUAAAUUGGAACCCAAUACUUCCAUUUAAAAGUGGAAUCCGGCAAUUUCUCUCCAAAAAAAUCCUGUCGUCAACAGCACGCAAUGAAUCCUGCGGUGGGGUAGGCUAGGCUGCGAAGGAUCCAUCUGUCGUAUCCUUCAUUGCUCGGGAAAUGAAGCAUUUGAAGGACCUUCGAAUUUGGGAUUGCCUUCGUCACGCCGCUGUGACGCAAUCGGCCUUCAAAUGUGCCGUGGACAACACUGCUGAGCUGAUCGUAUGGUUCUCUGUGUUUGUGUCGUUUGUAUUUUCUAGUCGUUCUACAGUUGAAAAGGAAUGAUUUUAUCUUUGGCCUAAAGGACCAUCUGUAUUAUUCAGAGCAUUAUGCUAUAAUUCAUUCAUAUCUUACAAGCACUACAAAACUAUUUGAAAGGCACUUGAACUCUACAUUGCUAUGCAAAAGUUAUUUUCUUCCUUUCUUAUUGUUUUAUGUCUCUAUUCAUAUCCUGAAAGACCUUUAUGCAUUACAAAAUAAUGAAUAUAAACGGUGUCUCAUCAGGACGAACAUAACUGCCAUCUUUAGGGACAGUCGUAAGGCUCCGGUCUCUAAGUAAAUCAUGCAUUCCGCUUCCUGUGCACUAACCGAGAUUGAGCGCUUAAAUGGUGAGGGCUGGAUCUGGGUACGCAUACAUGCACGCACACACUCAAACUGGUGCUCCUGCCCACUCGAACCCGGGCAAAGGACAAGAGCAAUAAGAACAGCAGGAGCUUGGCUCACUUUCAUGUGGCUGAAAGCUGCCACGUUUGGCCUCUUCCCCAUCACUGUUCUCCCUGAAGCUCCCUCAUUACUGCCUCCUCUUUUUGUUUGGGUGUAUUAAUAGAACAAAAUGAUGGGAGGCUGAGAGAGUCCUACAUUGAACUCUCCUCUGGGAGUGAAGCUUUAUUAGAUGAUUUGCUGUGCUGCUGUUUGUCCCACUGGCUCCCUGCGCCCAACUGCACAAACAUAGAGCUUGUUUUACGGUCUGAUAAGUUUUUAGGGGGUUUUGUUUUAGCUGUUAUGAGAUUAAAGGGUUUUCGUUUAGCGUUUCAAAAGUGUAGUGAGCAUGUUGUGAGCAUCGGCCCUUAAACUGAACUUGCUCCUUUGAUCUGUGCACUUCAUUUUUGUUGCUCUAUUUUAGUGCUCUUGGGUGCUUGUAAAUGGUGUUGUCUGGUUGUGAAAUGUAACCGAGGGGCCCCGUGCGCUUGUAUCUGUGAUAGCGGCGGGUGUGGGCGGCUCAUCUGCUCGUGGAGGUGGGGUGAUUAGACUCUUUAAACUUUGUUUUUUAAGGGGUUGUGGAUUUGAAAGUGGAGAGUUGAGUUGAUGUUGGAAUGUAAAUGAAUUUUUUGCAUUGCAUGGAAACUUGUUCCCAUCUUUAGUAGAAUUACCUUGUUUUAGAGGUGGCUAUGCUUUAGUGGUAAAAGUUCUUGAAAUAUAAUGUCAGCCACCCAAAUACAACUUUUUACAUUAUUUUUGACACACUACCAGUUGGGGUACAAUUUUUAUUUAUUUUUUUUAAAGAAAUUAAUACUUAAAUUUAAUGCAUCCUUGCUGAAUUAAACAAAAAUGAAAGUAAAGCAAAUAUGAUGUUAGAUUUUGUUCAUCAAAGAAUCCUGAAAUCAUGGUUUCUAUAAAAAAUAUGAAGCAUGAAUCAGUAUAUUAGAAUAUGAAUCAGUAUAUUAGAAUGAUUUCUUUAGGAUCAUGUCAUGUGACACUAGCUGCUGAAAAUCCAGCUUUACCCUCACAGGAAUAAAUUACAUUUUAAAAAUAUUUUAAAGGGGCUAUAUGAAGAAUUCAGAAAUGUGCGUUAUUAGUGACACCAGUGGCCGUUAAGUGAACUGCAGCCAGCAACUUAUUGCUCGUGCUCGCAUUUGUGCACACUUAACGUAUAAAGCAAGGAACACACCAAGCCGACACACUAGUGGUGACGAAAGCACACUGCAGGGUUGGCUCAUGUCGGCAGCGUCUGAGUCCAAAGUUGCCCUGACACACCAAACCGACGCUUGACACCCGACGGCCAAGUAGUACGUCCGUUCUGCGUAAGAAGAAAUGGCCUUCCGUACCAGCAGGUGGCAGUAGCUGAACAGCCAAUCAGAAUGAUCAGAUGGCCCGACUGACCGACGAGCUCCGAUGCCGAUUUAACAUGUCGAAUCGGCCGAAAAAAAGCCGACGAGGACCAACUUCAGCCGACGGUGUGGAACACACUGAGAAAACUUGCAUUCACACGGGGCAUAGACGUUAACGCUUCUCGUUUACUUUGAAUGGGUGUCGUCAUGCGUUGCCGAACUGAAUUGUGGGUUCCGUCGCAUCACUUCACUCGCGUUGCAAGCAGCAGAAGUUGAAGAUUUCUCAACUUUUCAAGCGCCAACGCAGGCGUCAGCCAAUCAGAUCGCCUUAUGCAAACACUCGAGCAGUCGCUAGCCAGUUGCGUUCAUGCAACACCGGAAAGUAAUGUGAUUGGCUGUUAUCACUAUAACGGUUGAAUCAACACAAGUUUCAGACACGCCCUCCGUCAAGCGUUAACGCCGACGCCCCGUGUGAAUGCAGCAUUAGUCGGCCGACGAACAAAAACUGCCCGACGGCUGACCGUCAGGUUGGUGUGUCCCAGGCUUAAGAGACUGAAUGUGAUUCAAGGCCUUGAUAUAGACCUUAUGUAGGCCUGCCCCUUUUCAGCGCUGCGCUAGUUGUCUUUUGACUUCCGGUUUGUAUUUCCACAGCAAUCUUACUUUUUUAUGAAUGAACUGCUCAUUUUAAAAUCUUCCCGGUUUACUGACAUAUGUUAAGACAUCUGCUUUAAACAUUACAAUGCUCAUGAUAACAUUUGUUAACUCUACAAUAAGUAAAUCCACUUCACCAGCUAAUUAUUCUUUGACAGUGAUGCCAUAGAAAUAUACAGGGCUACCGCAAAAACGGAAGUUCAAAGACAAAAUUCUAAAGAUGGCUGCGCGCACGUUCCUCGCAUAAGGUCUAUAUACUCACCUCACGGCAAAGUUCUUUUUCAUUCUUGGCUUAGAAGUAAAAAGACGGUGGAAAUACCUUUGCAGCGAUACAUCGUUAACAACAACCCGACGCCGUCCACGCUGCUGAGAGCGACGGUUAGAUGAAUAUGUAAAUAUGUGCUGCGCGCGCUUUCCUCUCAAUAACAAAAUAAAUACAACAAAAAUGACAGCGGUGAGAAAGCGGCAGUUAAGAAAUAAUCUGAUCAUAGCGAUGUGGAUAUAUGUUCCCUGCUGGCAGUUCACCGUCAUCAUAUGAGGUAAUUCAAUUUACACAGUUAUGAUAGUUUGAUUAUUAUAAGGUAUAGGCCUAUAUUUCAGUUUGAAUGAAUCCCUUUUCUUGGAUAACACAUUGCUAUUGCAGUACAAAAUGGCUCUUUCGGCGUUAUCCUGAUCAUUGAAAAGACUCCUUGAACGAAAGAAGGCUCUCGGGAACGCGCUUAAACGUCACAUCCUUUUGAUUUCCCGGCAAAAACGUCCCAGUCCUUCAAAAAAUAAAAAUAAAAAUAAAUAAAUUCAGUCUUCAGGUUUUCAUUAUCCUGAUCAUUGUAUAAGCAUCGUUAAAGGAAGAAGGCUCUCGGAAACGCGCUUAAAAGUCACAUGCUUUUCAUUUCCGGCAAAAACGUUCCGGUUCUUAAAUAAAUAAAUAAAUUCAUUAAUAAUAAUAAUAAUAAUAAUAAUAAUAAUUAAUUCAGUCCUCAGGCUUUCAUGCACAAGUCGGGGAAUAUCUCUUUUUUUCGUCAAGCUGUUCAUUGGCAAUAAAAAAAAAUAAAUAAAUAAAAAGCAAUUAAUACAUGAAAAUUCUUACAUAGCCCCUUUAAAAUAGAAAAGUUAUUUUAAAUUGUAUCAAUAUUACAGUUUUUACAGUAUUUUUGAUCAAAUGCAACUUUGGUUGGGAUGAGACUUAUUUCAAUUAAAAAAAUAAAUAAAUUACUGACCCCAAACUUUUGAACUGUAGUGUAUAUAGCCAGUAUUAUGGGCUGUAUGCCUGACUGUAUUGUCUUUUUGGCUAAUGUGACCAGACAAACAAUUUCAUUUUGGAUCGUUUGUUGGUUUUGACACAAAUCAGUUAUUCUAAAACAUUGAAGUUACAUUAAAUCACAGGUAUUUAUUCAGUAUUGGAAAACAUUUAACAGUUUAACAUUUAAAAUUGAUUGUGAAAUGAACACGGACUCUGUACACUGUAGGUAAUUGUUAUUGUUAUUUUGAUGUAAAUGUCUUCAGCUUCGACCACUUUACUGUAGUCUAUGUUUUCAUUCUAAAAGCAUCUGUCCAUGUCAAUGCCUUGGAUUGAAUAAUUGACAUAUCCAUUUUAUUUUUACCAAAGUCAUGAUUUGUAGCAGUGAAACUUAAUGCAAAAUUUUUCAACAUACACUGAGCUUUAAUUUUCUUUGUAGUAAAGUCUUUAAAACUGUUGGUUCGGUUAGGUUCUUGUCCAUGUGCUUCCUUUCUCCAGCAUUUCCUGCUGUGAAACACAUUUAUUAAUGUGAUUUUGUUGAUUAUGUUUUGUCUGACGUAGAAAUGGACCACAAAGCCACCAAAAAGCAUAAUGCAAAAUGUACAUCAUAUACGUUCCUGUUGUCUGUGGGCUUAUGGGUUUGAUAGUGUAACUGCCAAAAUACGUUUGGUGUCGCAGCAAAUUCAGAUAUUGUGAUCGUGAUGAUCUAAAAUUUAUGGUGUUUUACAAAGAUGCUCAUUUUUGAAAUAUGUAUUUUUGCUGUUUUUCCAUUUUAUUGUCCAGUUGUUGCAGCACAAGCUGCUUUAAAUUGCAAACAGUAAACAGAUUUAAAGGGAACUUUCACAGGCUGUUUUCCUACUUGUGUACAACCAAAUGCUGCCGCCAAGGGGCGCUGUUUACACAGAUUUAGGUAGCCUGUUUGCAUUGAUGGUCAUUUCUGAGGAGAGAAAAAAAUGAUUAUGGGAUGUAUAGAAGAGCUUUCCUGUCUCUGUACUCUGUACUAGUCUUCAAUGUGCACUAGAUGUUUAAUGUUUAGGCAUUACAUGAAGACAGAUUUAAAAAUGAGACCUGAAUGGCUUAUCAAAAAUGCAAUUUUUUUUUAGUUACCUAGCUGGGCUAGAGUUUUUCUCGCAUUUAAUUUAUUUAAAUUGGAUUAUUAAUAAACUAUAAUGCUUAAAAGCACCAAAAUAGUCAUAUUUAUAGUUAGUUGUAAUGCUACGUACGUAUUUUGUAAGUGCUAAGCCAUAUGCUUCACCACACAGUAUGACACUGAACCCUGUUGAUGUGUCCAGUACUUUUUUUAAGAUUUGAAAUAAGAGGACACAAUAUACAUGGAAAGGUCAUAUUUUCCAGGAUUGUGUGGUUAUAUUAGUCCAUUAUGUUGAUACAAACGCUUUGAGUUGGAGUGUCUUGCAUGAGUGUUUUAGUCUCAGAUGAGUUGAAUCAACUCUGUCUGUGUGAUGUCAGAAAGUGUGCUUCUUUUAUUAACUGGUCUUGUUAGCAGCUGUUUUCCCAUUUGUUUUGUGAUUCAAAAUAUGUUUGAGGUGGUUAUUAAAAAAAAUAUAAGGGCUUAAAGUUUUAAAUAAAUACAUAUCUUAUUGAACAAGAGUAAUAUAAUUUAAAUUGUCACAAAUGGAAUAAAACCUCUAAAUUCACAAAA